AAUGUGGGACUUUAACAGCUUUAGUAAUUAUAAUUAUUUUUUAAAAUUCAAAAUAUAACAUAUACAGGAAAAAAUUAUAUUUUAUUAUAUUUUUAAUGUGGUUGUUUAAUUUAUUUUAAUAAUUUAAAAUUAAAAAAAAUAUGAUAGAAGAUAUACUAAUUUUUAUUAAAUCUUUAUUAUUCAAAAUUAUUAAUUAUUAUAUAUACAUUAGUCACAUUAGACAAUUCCGUAACUUUUAUCUAAAGAACAUUAAUAAUGAAUUUAUGGCUAGUUUAAAUAAAAAUGUUAUUAUAUAAUUAAAUGGAACAACAUAUUUCUCUAAUGAUUCUAAAAAUCAUCUUAAUGAUGAUACGUAAUUACAAAAAAAAAUUGUAAUGUUUCUCAAUUAAUAUUUAGGAGAUAGUAUAUGAUAUAUCAUUCAUUUACUGAAUUGAUUAUUCAUAGUGCUACAACAGUACAAUUAGAACUAUUAGAGUAUUAGGUAUGAAGUCUCAUCAAAUAAAUAAGAGAGCCCCCUCCUCCUAAAACUUUUUUGAUUACAAUCACACAACUAAUCUAACAUUAAAAGGAGGUUGUACUAAUCAGAGAAGAUGAUCAUCUGCUCAUAAAACAGGUGGAGUCAUCUGACUUCAAUCAUAGUACGAUAUAGGUGUUUGUUCGGUUUAAAUGCAACUUAUGAAAAUUGAUCGCAUUUAUAAUCACAACAACAACAACAAAAGACGACUAGUAAUAAUUCAUUUUGACGAGGUCAAGAAAAGACUCACUGUAACUUGUUUGACUUUUCUCCAUCAAACAACCAACCACACAAAAAAUCAAAUAUUUUCUCUCUUUUCUUUCCGAAAUUUUCUAAUUCGCCAUUGACAACUGAACACGACCGUAAACUCAUAAAAAAUUGUAGCUUUUUCUUACAAAACACAUACUCUUCAUAUGAUCUCUCUUCAUCUCUCUCUCUUUCCUCUAAGCUUUUCUCAUGGUUUCCUUCUUCUUCUGCACCCUCUCUUCCUUCAUCUUCCUCUGCAUCCAUGUCUCUUCCGCCGCCGAUACGAUCUCCGCUAACUUCACCCUCUCCGGAGACCAGACACUCCUCUCCUCCAACGGAACUUUCAAAAUGGGUUUCUUCAAACCUGGCAACUCUGCAAACUUCUACAUAGGCAUGUGGUACCAAGAACUCUCUAUACAAACAAUCGUCUGGGUAGCUAACCGUGACAAACCAGUCUCCGACAAGAACACAUCAGUUCUCAGAAUCUCCGAAGGUAACUUAGUCUUACUCGACGGAAACAACUUAGUUUGGUCGACCGGUCUCAACUCCUCCUCUGCUCACGACGCCGUUUUGCAAGACGACGGCAAUCUCGUCCUCAGAGACGACUCCGGCUCUCCUCUAUGGCAAAGCUUCGAUCACCUCGGUGACACGUGGCUUCCCGGAGCUAAAAUUCGGUACGACAAACGAACCAAGAAAAGUCAACGUCUCACGUCGUGGACGAGUAGUGAAGACCCAUCGCCAGGUUUGUUCUCUCUGGAGCUAGACGAGUCAACCGCUUACAAGAUCCUCUGGAACGGGUCGACUCAGUACUGGUCGAGCGGUCCUUGGAACAGUCAGAGCAAGAUCUUCGACUCGGUACCUGAGAUGAGACUCAACUACAUCUACAACUUCAGCUUCUUCUCCAACGAAACGGAGUCCUACUUCACUUACUCCCUCUACAACCACGCGAACGUCUCGAGAUUCGCCAUGGACGUCUCGGGACAGAUCAAGCAGUUCACUUGGCUGAACAACAACAACCAGUGGAACCUGUUCUGGUCUCAGCCUCGACAACAAUGCCAAGUGUAUGCUUACUGUGGCUCCUUUGGGAUUUGCAACGACAAGUCCCAGCCUUUUUGCCAGUGCCCUCGUGGGUUUAGGCCCGCGUCGCAAAAAGACUGGGACUUGAAGGAUUACUCUGCGGGCUGCGUCAGAAGCACUGAGCUACAGUGCUCUCGCGGAGUGAUCAACGAGUUUCUGCCUCUUACCAACGUGAAGUUACCUGACAACAACUCAGAGGGGCUACUGGGAUCAACGAGCUGCAGAUCAGCUUGUCUAGGGAACUGUUCUUGUAUGGCUUACGCACAUGAGGAAACCUCGAACCGAUGCUUGAUGUGGAGUAACGAUGUCUUGAAUCUUCAACAACUCGAGGAAGAUAACAGCGAGGGGAGUAUGUUUUAUCUUAGACUCUCUGCUUCCGACAUGCCUCGUAAUUCUCCUUCCGGUAAGAGUAACAAAGUGAUGAUAAUCGGCGCGGUUCUAGGCUCGUUAGGGGUGGUAGCUCUUGUUUUGUUGGCUGUCAUCUUAAUCUUGAGGAGCCUUAGGAUGAAGAGAAUGAGAGGAGAGAAGAGUGAUGGUACAUUGGCUGCGUUUAGCUAUAGAGAGUUACAGAACGCGACUAAGAACUUCUCGGAGAAGCUAGGAGGAGGAGGUUUCGGCUCGGUGUUCAAGGGAGCUUUACAAGAUUCUAGCGUCAUUGCGGUGAAGAGGCUUGAGGGUAUUAGCCAAGGAGAGAAGCAGUUUCGGACGGAAGUUGUCACAAUAGGAACAAUCCAACACAUGAACCUAGUGAGGCUUCGCGGGUUUUGCUCUGAAGGAAACAAGAAACUGCUUGUGUAUGAUUACAUGCCUAACGGUUCUUUGGAUUCUCAUCUUUUCAUCACCCAAACCGGAGAAGAGAAGACCGUCCUCGGGUGGAAACUGCGGUACCAAAUCGCGCUAGGGACAGCUAGAGGAUUGGCUUACUUGCACGACGAAUGUAGAGACUGCAUCAUUCACUGCGACAUAAAACCCGAAAACAUCUUGUUAGACUCGCAGUUCGGUCCCAAAGUUGCUGAUUUCGGCUUGGCGAAGCUCGUGGGCCGAGAUUUCAGCAGGGUUCUGACGACAAUGAGAGGCACGAGAGGCUACCUUGCACCAGAAUGGAUCUCCGGAGUGGCGAUAACAGCGAAAGCCGAUGUUUACAGCUACGGGAUGAUGCUGUUCGAGAUUGUUUCGGGGAGAAGAAACACUGAGCAGUCAGAGAACGGGAAGGUCAGGUUCUUUCCUAGUGUGGCUGCGACCGUGCUCACCAAAGAUGAAGACAUCCGCUCUCUGCUUGACCCGAGACUAGAAGGCGAGUCCGUGGAUACGGAGGAGCUGACUAGAGCUUGUAAAGUGGCGUGCUGGUGCAUACAGGACGAGGAGAGUCAUAGACCAGCGAUGAGUCAAGUUGUUCAGAUUCUUGAAGGUGUUUUGGAAGUGAAUACGCCGCCGUUUCCGAGAUCGAUCCAAGCUCUAGUUGAAAACGAUGGAUCUGUUGUCUUCUUCACUGAGUCUUCAUCUUCCUCAAGCCAUAAUUCUUCACAGAAACAGAACCAUUCUUCUUCUUCUUCUUCUUCCAAGAAGACGACCAACAACAACUCUUCGGCUUAGUUUAGUAAUAUUGUAAACGCAUUGUGUUAUGAAUUGUGUAAUAUUGACUAUAUGUUUUAAUUAGUUGUAAAAGGAAUCACUUAAUUUUCUUCCGUUGUAUAAUUAUUUCUUUGUUGCAGAUUUAUGUAAACUUUUAUUUUCUUAAACCUCAUCAUUCUACAGAGCA